CUUUCGUCAUCAACGCGAGCAUAUAAAUUCUCUGUGCAGAAGCUCCAUAUCGUAGAAGUUUUUAAGUUGACGAGAUUUCAAAGUUGCUGCUAGACUUCAGUCACAGAAAUGGCACAAGCUAAUGUUAUCACCACUAGAUCUCUUGGUACCGCUUCUGAAGGUAUUAGAGAUCAGUACGCCGAUGGAAAGGCGGCAAAAGUUUGGGAAGUCUUCAUUGGAGACAAAAACUCCAGAACUCAAAAUUACAAAAACUUUUUGGUGGGAUUAUUGAAGAGAAAGGGAUGCAAAAGAAUUUUGGAUGUAGCUUGCGGAACCGGUAUUGACUCAAUAAUGUUACUAGAAGAAGGAUUUGAAGUGGUGUCCGUGGAUGCUUCGGAUAAAAUGUUAAAAUAUGCUCUGAAAUCAAGAUGGAAUCGACGAAAAGAAGCUGCAUUCGACAAAUGGGUUAUCGAGGAAGCGAACUGGGUAACACUAUACGACGACAUCGAAGACUUAGUAGGAAAUGGUUUUGAUGCUGUCAUUUGCUUAGGAAACUCAUUUGCCCAUUUACUUGACAAUUACGGAGACCAAAGAGAACAGAUGCGGGCUUUAAUGAACUUUGAAAAGUGUGUAAAGCCAGGCGGUUUACUUUUGAUCGACCACAGGAAUUAUGAUGAUAUUAUUGAUACCGGAAGAACAGCACCAAAAUGUAUUUAUUAUAACAGUUAUCACACCACAGAUAUUAAAACAUCAGUAUUGUAUAUUGCUGGGAAGGCAGCUUUAGUAACCCUAGAUUAUUUAAUUGACGUAUCAUCCUCAGAGAAUGAAAAACGAGAUGCUGUGAUAGAAGACUCAAUAAGCGAAUUCCGCCUUUCCUAUUAUCCACACAGAUUGAAAGUUUUCAACGAGAUGUUAAGAAAAUCCUUUGGCGAAAAUUCCGACUACAAAAUCUUUGGAGACUUUAAACGUUUGGAAGAAAUUGACGUACCAAACUUUUAUAUCCACGUUAUCGAAAAAAGUUCUACUAUUUUUUAAGUAGUUUAGUAUUUAAGUAUUCCCUUUAUUUAAUUAUUCUUAUAUAAGUUAUUUUUUAUAGUUAAUAUACAUUUGCUGUUGUUUUAUUAGAGUAAAUAUAUUUUUUAUUGUUU